UCUUCCUUGUUGCCUUAACGUAACUCCUAAGCAACAAUCACUGAGUGAGUGGCCAAAAGUGAAAAAAACUACAAACAAUUCGUGUUCUUUUCGCAAAGCCAACAAGCCACCAAGACCAAGCACAAACAGUUAGUGAGUGAGUGAUCUCACUUUGUUCUAUAUAGUCACACCAUUCCAUCAGUGCAAUUUGUCUCUCCACAGAAAGCCACCAGAUGGAUCGGCUUUCAUCAGCAGCUACGUUUGAAAACCUGCAUUAUGAUGGCAGUGCAAGCCAAAUGGGUUUGAUUUGGCAGCAAACCAGAGCACCCCUUGUGGUUCCAUUGCUGAAAUUGCUUGUGGCUUUGUGCCUAGCCAUGUCAAUUAUGUUGUUUGUGGAGAGAGUUUAUAUGGGUGUAGUCAUAAUCUUUGUGAAGUUGUUUAGGUACAAACCAGAUAACAAGUAUAAAUGGGAACCUCUCAGAGAUGACCUUGAGAUUGGAAACUCUGCAUACCCAAUGGUCUUGGUACAAAUUCCUAUGUACAAUGAGAAAGAGGUGUAUCAGUUAUCAAUUGGAGCUGCAUGUGGGAUAUCAUGGCCGUCUGAUAGGAUUAUAAUUCAAGUUCUUGAUGAUUCCACUGACCCAAUCAUUAAGAAAAUGGUGGAAGUGGAAUGCCAGAGAUGGGCCAGCAAAGGCAUAAACAUAAAGUAUGAGAUCAGACAGAACAGAAAUGGAUACAAAGCUGGAGCUCUUAAAGAAGGCAUGAAGCAUAGCUAUGUGAACUUGUGUGAUUAUGUGGCCAUCUUUGAUGCUGAUUUCCAACCUGAGCCUAACUUCCUUCGCCGCACAAUACCAUUUCUGGCUCACAACCCAGAAGUUGCACUAGUCCAAGCUCGAUGGAAAUUUGUUAAUGCUGAUGAAUGCUUAAUGACAAGAAUGCAAGAGAUGUCACUGGACUAUCAUUUCCUUGUGGAGCAGGAAGUUGGGUCCUCAACCUAUGCCUUCUUUGGUUUCAAUGGCACUGCUGGUGUGUGGAGAAUUUCAGCAUUAAAUGAAGCUGGUGGAUGGAAGGACCGCACAACAGUGGAGGAUAUGGAUCUGGCUGUCCGAGCUGGCCUCAAAGGAGGGAAAUUUGUGUAUCUUAGCGAUCUUAAGGUGAAAAGUGAACUGCCAAGUACCUUCAAAGCCUUUCGUUAUCAGCAGCAUCGGUGGUCAUGUGGCCCAGCUAAUCUUUUCAAGAAAAUGGCAAUGGAAAUCAUGAGAAACAAGAAAGUCUCCACUUGGAAGAAGUUUUAUGUGAUUUAUAGUUUCUUCUUUGUCCGGAAAAUCGUAGCUCAUGUGGUCACAUUUGUAUUCUACUGUGUGGUUAUGCCAGCCACUGUUCUAGUUCCAGAAGUGGAAGUUCCUAAGUGGGGUGCUGUGUAUAUACCUUCUAUCAUCACACUCCUCAAUGCAGUUGGAACUCCAAGGUCAAUCCACUUACUCGUAUUCUGGAUACUCUUUGAAAAUGUUAUGUCAAUGCAUAGGACCAAGGCAACACUCACAGGUUUGCUAGAGGCAGGGAGAGUAAAUGAAUGGGUAGUUACUGAGAAAUUGGGAGAUGCCCUUAAGACAAAGUCAGGUGGCAAAGCAGCAAGGAAGCCUCGUAUCAAGAUUAGUGAAAGGCUUCAUUUCUUGGAACUUCUAGUGGGGGCUUACCUCUUUUUCUGUGGAUGCUAUGACCUUACCUAUGGGAGGAACCACUACUUCAUAUAUCUUUUCCUGCAAUCUAUUGCCUUCUUUGUUGUAGGGGUUGGCUAUGUUGGCACCUUUGUUCCUAAUUCAUAAAGGAGCUUCUUUUCUCAGAAUUAUUCGACGUGGCUGUCAUUCACUUCAAGGAACACAAUGCAGUUUCUUCUGCUCAUAGCUACAAUUCAAUUUGUUUUAGUACCAUACAUUACUUUACAACCAUUAUUUGUCAUGUUUUGUAUUGUUUUUAUAUGGACAUAGACAAAGAACAUAGAUAAACAAAACAGAAAAAGUUUGUGUAUUAUUUGAAAUCCCUU